AUGUCAGAGGCCCCCAAGGCUGCAGAAGAGAAGGUAGACAAAAAGAGUGAUUCAGAGGAAGAGAGGAAGGUAGAAAAGAAAGACGCAGCCAUGAAUGGAGAUGUGGAGAAGAUUACCCCAGAGGACAAGGACAAGAAGGAUGAGGGUGGGAAAGAGGCAGAGGAGAAGGAUGUUAUCUCAAAUGGAGUGGACGAGAGCCCCACUAAAGAUGACCCGGACCAGAAAGAUGAUCCAAAGGACCAGAAGGUGGUCAUCACCAAAACGGUGGAGACCAUCACCACUGGAGAGGACGGGGCCAAGCAUGUCACCAAAUCGGUCACUGUCACCGAGACUGUGAAGGAGUCUGAGGAUGUGAUGCAGGAGAAGACAGUCUCCAGCAAGAAGAUGGAGAAACACUCUUCCCAGUCCGUCAAGGUGGUGACUGAAACUGAGUAACUGCGCUCCAUCCAACCCACUCAGGAGGAACAAAGAUGACACGACAAAAAGCAAUCAACCCAGAACUAACAUAACAACGAAAUCAUAGAGCUAGAGCGAUGUAAUAAAGAGAACCACUCUCAAACAUACAGAAAAGCAACGAGAGAAGCCAUAUGAUGUGACAAAGCUAACAUUGUUUAAAAAUGCAUGUUGAGAGAAAGCUUUAAAUGGGUUUUGCUGCAGAUUAAAUCAGGAAAAUGUGAUAGUGGGACAGAUUAUUAAUUGUCUUUAUGUUUCCCUGCAGUUCACGGGAGGGCUCACGGGUGGGGGCGUCUGCAUGCUAGCUCAGGGAGGGAGACCCCUCCGCUCUAACCUGUAUGGAUGGAUGGAAGGUUUACAGUUUAGAUGCAUACUGUAUGUUGGUGGGAGAGUGAUAGAAAUGUAUGUUAAUUCAAAUGUUAAUUCAAAAAGGGGUGCCUGGGUUGGAGCGUCCACUUUAGAGACACAUGUUCAAAAGGACUAGCCUUUUUAUGUGAAGAUACCAACUGAGCCAAAAAUACAAUCGUCUACAACACAAUAUAGUGAAGAAUGAGAAAGACGAUGGUGCAAUGUACUGAUGAUCAUAAACAUACAGUACCCGAAGCAACUAAAGCAUUAAGAACCUUGAAGAAACACUGAGCCUUAAACAUGCUUUUUAUCAGUAUCUAUUAUGUUUACCUAAUGAGUGCAAUUGAAAAUAAAUAUGCAAAUGCGCACACAUACAUUCUUGUAUGCAUAGGAUGGACUUGAAUUUAAAUAGCGAACUUAAAUGAGGUGCUACAGUUUGCAAUCCCAUGUCUUUACUCAUCAUGAACUAUUUCCCAGCAGCAUUUACUCAAUAAAUGUCAUACUGAAAUACAAA